UUCGCUUUCCUCUCCCGCAGCCACGCCCCACCCGCGAGUUUCGUCCGCCGUCGAGCGCCGCCGCCGCCGCCGCCCGGCCGGCGAGACGCACCGCGACGGCGCGGCCCGCCGCGUGCCACGGGCGAGCGCAUCUCCACGACCGUAGGGCCCGAGGGAGCUUCGACGCCGCGACCGGAACGACAGCGAAUCGCGACGGUCGCUCUCGUUUCUUCUGUUCGUAUCGGCCUCCGCGAGCUUCGACGGCGACGGCUCGCGCCUCGUGGCCCUCCAUAAGCUUUGGACGCACCGACACGGCCGGCGCUUCUAGUUCAGCUGAAUCGUGCCGAACUUUGGAAAAACACCGAGAAAGGAGUCGUGCUGAAGGAUUUGUUUCGGUGAUUCUUCAGGAAGCUGCUGGAGGAUGUUAAGAAGAGAAAAUUUUGGGCCUUCUCCAAAGUCGAGUGGAGGAGUCCACAAAGAAAAAGACAGAGAAAACAUGGAAGAUCAAGCAGAAGAAAAUGUGGACACACCACUUGCGAAGCAACAGGCUCUUCUAUGUCAAGAGUGUGAAAAGAACCCAUCAAAAUACAAGUGUCCUGCAUGUUUUUUCCGCUCAUGUAGCCUUCUGUGCGUAAAUGCUCAUAAACACCGUACUGGCUGCAAUGGCAAGAAGAAUCAGACUGAGUUCAUCCCUCUCUCUCAAUUUAAUGACAAUGUUCUCCUCUCUGACUAUAAUUUGCUCGAGGAAGUGAAGAGGGUGACUGAAGCUGCUCACAGAACAAGAACUAAAUUAAGUGUGCAUCCUUAUUUUAAGCUGCCGUUUCCCCUCCAAAACCUCCGGCGUGCAGCUGCUAGUAGGAGAACGAAACUCUUGCUCCUUCCAAGUGGACUGUCAAGAAGGGGCCGAAAUCAGUCUCGAUAUGAGCAAAGGAAGAAAUUUAUUUCAUGGACAAUUGAAUGGCGCUUUCACUCGACAGAUGUGGUAUUAUGUGACCAUGGAAUACAUGAGGACAUGACCCUUCGUACUGUCAUUGAGAAACAUCUGAAACCUGGUCCAUGGAACCAUCAGCUAAAGCAUUUUUGUGAUGAACAGCUGGACAAUCUCAGACUUUUUAUUCGUAAAUAUCCAAAGGGUCCCAAAUCACCUUUCAAGGAGUUGGACAUAAACACCCCUCUUAGGCAACUAUUGGCAAAUGUUGUCAUCUUAGAAUAUCCUGUGAUGCACGUCUUCCUUCCAUCACACAGUUGUGAUUUUGAAGUUGUGAAAGACGGGAGAGCCAUCACUCCUAAAUCAGAUUUGCAGUGCUCUGUCGGAAGUGGUAAUUCAAAUGUGCAUGGUGUCCACUUCAGGGAGGAGAUUAUUGAAGAUAAUGGCUGUUUGGAAUCGCGGGUGUGUGACCUAAUGCAGCAAGGGAACUCAAGUGGAGGAUCUCAGUUUUCCCAUCAAAAUAUAAAAGCAUCAAGUGGGCCCUUGGCAGGACAUGUAUCUGGACUAAGUGAACCACUUCCCUCCAAUGUUGGGGACUCAUGGAUUAUUGAGGACAUGGAAAUUGACUUCGAUCAGGGACUGAUAGAUGCCUACUCAAAUCUCAUUGCACAAAUGAAUCCCGAUGAUUUUCUUGAAUUGGAUGAUGAGCUUGCCAGAAAAGGUAGAGAAGAAAGAGAAGGCUUACCUGGAGGGUGCAACUUAACACCAGUGGUGGAUGAAUUAGAGGAAGGCGAGAUUUUGGAAUGAUGAACCACUCUCACGACUUUUCCUGCUUGCUAUGUUGUAUAUAUUUACGGUUUUUUGUAAUAUCAUGUGACCUGGAGGUGCCUGAGAUUGAGGAGUCCUUUUGAUGCAGAAUGGUCACUCCAGCAAAGUCUCCUGUUUUCUCCUCUUCAUCAUAUUUUGCAGGAAGCUUGAACAAGUUUAUAAAUUAGGCAUGCGUCUCGUUCUCUCUACAACGGAGAGAGGCAUUUUGUAGCUGAGUUUUGGGUUUGGUUUGGAAUUUGGGCAAGUGGAGUUUGAUCUCAUUUCUGAUUUAUGUGUGCACUUUGUUUGUGUAGUUUGAACUCCGAUUCUCCUCGAUCCUACGGAUCACUGUCUUCAUAUUUUGUAGACAUUAAGUUGUAGAAGCGAUGCAAAAAUUAAUGUCUUCAUUUUCA